UGGCUGAUAUGGGACACUGCUCCAACACACAAUCAAACACCAUUAUAGAAAGCAUUAACAUAUUACAUCAAUUCUUUAUAGCAACAUGCCAAAGUCUAGUCGGGAAACUUUCAACUGAAUUGGAAGUCAAUUGCGAUGCUGAAAAAUAUUAUAACAUGUAUAAGCACGGAGAAGAUGUGCAAAAGGCAGUUCCUCAUCUUUGCGUUGACGUCAAAGUUAUCAGUGGAGACCCAACCCGUUCAGGUUGUAUCAAGGAAUGGAAUGUUAACAUUGAUGGUAAGACGAUUCGCUCAGUAGAGGAAACAACACACAAUGAUGAAACGAAAACGUUGCGUCACCGUGUAUUUGAAGGAGACAUGAUGAAGGAUUUCAAGAAGUUUGAUACGAUAAUGGUAGUCAAUCCAAAGCCGGAUGGAAAUGGAUGUGUUGUGACACGGUCAAUUGAGUAUGAGAAAACCAACGAGAAUUCUCCGACUCCCUUUGAUUAUCUACAAUUCGGCCAUCAGGCCAUUGAAGACAUGAACAAAUACUUACGCGAUUCUGAAUAACUGAUCGAUGCCACAUGAACCCAUUCGGUGUUGGUGUACGUGUACGUGUACCUAUGCACGUACAUAUUUUAUAUUUAUCAGUUGUGACUUGUGUGUAUUUUUUCGUUUCAGUGACUCCAUAUUAUGCCAGUGACCCAGUGUAUGGCUGUGAUUUGAUUUGUCACGUCCAUCUAUAAUAUAUAAAUAAUAACUCAUGUAUGUUCUACUAAAAUAAAUAAAUUUGGGAUAAGUCGUUUCGAAAAUGAUUUAUCCUUCGACCGAGCCAGAGAUAUAUUAA